AUGUCGUCUGCACCGUCGUCUCCGGCACCUUUGGGAAAUGGCAUCAAGCGCCGAAGAGAUGAACAGCGUAUGACCGGGCCACGUAAACGAACGGUCGUUGCCUGCGAUGUAUGCCGACAGCAGAAAGAGAAAUGCGAAGGAGGACCUCCCUGCAGAAGAUGUACCCGUCUCCGAAAAAACUGCCGCUUCCAUGGAAUGCCGAUGGACAGAUCAAGAUCCGGCGUAUCCUCGACCAUCCGAGAAGCCUCAUCUCAGCUCAACGCUGAAAACACCCGAGAUUCGCGUGUACAGGACCUAGAGUACAUUGCGAGGGACUUUCUUGGUCUCCCCGACUCCGCCCACCUGGAUGAUUUCGAAAUCCGGCAAGCCGUGGAGAAGAUUGCCGACCCAGUUGGAAGCGGCGGACAUGAUGGUCACCAAGGGUUGCAAACUUCCGGACCAAAUGUUGAAGAGGAGUCUUUCGACACUCGUUUCGUGUCCAAGGUUACGGCUCACUACUCCGGUGAAUUCUCCCACUGGAACUUUUCACAAAAGCUUUGGCGGCGGGUGAGUCAACGACUAGAACGUUCAGGAGGCAAUAACUUGGGCCAGCGGAUUCAGGUCAAGGACUAUUGGCGGCCAACGCAGUUGCAAUCCCCAGUGAAUAUUGUCUUACAAACGAUGGAGCAUUUACCACCCUAUCAUGUUGCCCAAUUUUUGGUGAAGCUGUUUUUCAAGCACGUUCAGCUGAACUACUUCUUCAUUGAGGAAGAUUGGAUUUCAGCAAAAUUGCAGCACAGCUACUCGGAGUCUCCAGAAUUCUCGGCCAGUGAUGUUUCCUGGGUCUGCAGCCUUUUUGCGGUUCUCGCCAUCGGCACUCAAGUGGCCCACAUCGAGUCUGAGUCUGCCACCAUGGCAGAGGAGGGAGAAGACCUCACGAUGUGCUCCGAGGACGACGUAGGCAAGCUCUUUUUCCACAGUGCCCAUAGUCUUGUCCCGGAUGUUAUCGCUCUGGCUUCUCAAGAGAGCGUCCAGGCCUGCCUUCUCCUCGCCACAUACGCCAUGCCACUGUCAACUGGAGGGCUGUCCUACACCUACCUAGGACUUGCCAUGGAUAUGAUCAUCUUGAAUGGGAUGCACCGGAAAUACACAGGCAGUGGCUGUGAUGCUAGGACCAUUGAGACAAGGAACAGAUUAUUCUGGACUGCCUACAGUCUACAAACAUACAUUGGUGUAAUGCACGGCCGUCCUGUAUCUAUCACAAAGUCCGACAUUAAUGUUGAACGGCCAGUCAACUUCCCUGGGCUUCGAUCACCUAAUUUCGGAAACUUAAUCGCCUUUAUCGAGUUCAAUGAUUGCUUGGCAGAAUCAGCAAAUGCUUUAAAACAAUUCAAGAAAUGUCCCAGAUCUCUCGCUCUGGAGUACGCCGCGCGGUUGCUCCAGGUACGUGACCGGAUCAAGCGUUGGUGGGACACGCAAGCAUGCAGCAAUAUUGAACGCCAAAAUGGAGACGUCACCCCCUCCUCACGCCGGGCAAAUGCCCAUCUCAAACUUUGUUAUCUGCUCCUAUAUAUCUACGUUGGACGACCUUUUCUUUUCUCGGACACACCCUCCCGAAGACCUCCUGCGACUGGGGGAAACCCAGCACUACAUCAGCAAUCGAUAGGCAUCACGGGGAUAUCAACUUUGGCAGAUGAAUGCGUACAGGCGGCCACUCAAAUCAUUGACCUCUUGCAAUCUCUCUAUGAAACCAUCCGCCUAUCACGAGCUUGCUAUACAGAGUUUAGUUCCUGUCGAGCGGCUCUACUAGUACUCCUAGCCGAGUGGCUUCGGUCGGGGCAACGGAAAAGGGUUUCGAUUGCUCUUGACCGUGGCAUGGAUCUUAUCCAGCAAAUGAUUGGGGGAAACUCGAACAAGUCUGAGGUGUCUUUGAUCGAGUACCUUGAACGUGCCAUAAAACACAUCUCGGCGUCUCUUCCAUCGGAAGACAGACUCAACAACCAUCAUCCAGCUGAUCGAGAGCUACAGAGCGCGUACUCAAGCUUUAAAACUUGGGCACUAACGAGGAGGGCAGAAAACGUGCCUCAAAGCAACCCACCUCCUUCUUCGCUCGGUCCCCAUCCCAUCAGCCCGUCAAGGUCACAAUAUGGUUUAGUUGAUGCUGCGGAUUUAUUCAACACCUCCUGGUCUUUCAGCGACGACGACGGCAGUCUCGAUCCUUUUCUCCUCCCACUUAUUCCCAGUCACGACUAG